CGCAGCACCAUACUGCACACCUGCCUCCUCCGGAUGCGCAUAGAGUAGGCAAAAGAGCAGAACUGUCGAAACAUCCCCCCCAAAAAACAAUUUUAUUAUCUUCUGAUCAACAACGUUUAAUUUGGAUGUUAGGUCUUCUGGUCUGCAAAGCCUUUUUUUCUUUCUUUUGCUUUUGUGUAGAGACGCAUUCUCUGUUUUGGAUACGGCUCUGCUCAGGGGAAGGUGCGAAACUGCGCAUCUGUCAUUUAGCCAACUCAAACGGUGCAUGAGUGUUUCGCUUAUUUAAGCUCAGCAGUCUACUGAUCUGCUGAUCUGAACCGACACCCAAAAAAAAAAAAAUCGGCUUUAAGAACACUUUGCACAUCACGCACAAUGGCUGAAGCCAGCGCAGAAUGCAACAUCAGGGUGCUGUGCCGUUUUCGCCCAUUGAACCAGUGUGAAAUCCUACGUGAAGACAAAUUUCUUCCCGUAUUUCAGGGGGAUGACACUAUCAUCAUGGGGGGAAAGUCUUUCGUAUUUGACCGAGUCUUUCCCAACAAUACCACACAAGAGCAGGUCUACAACAGCUGUGCCAAACAGAUUGUUAAAGAUGUGCUGGAUGGAUACAAUGGCACUAUUUUUGCAUAUGGACAAACAUCCUCUGGCAAAACCCACACCAUGGAGGGAAAGCUUCAUGACCCCGAAAACAUGGGCAUUAUUCCAAGGAUCACUGAUGACAUCUUCAACUAUAUCUUUGCCAUGGAUGAAAACUUGGAAUUUCACAUCAAGGUUUCCUACUUUGAAAUCUAUAUGGAUAAAAUUCGAGACCUGCUUGAUGUAAGUCGGACCAACCUGUCAGUGCAUGAAGACAAAAACAGGGUCCCAUAUGUAAAGGGUUGCACAGAACGCUUUGUUUCCAGUCCUGAGGAAGUGAUGGAUAUAAUUGAUGAAGGGAAAUCUAACCGCCAUGUUGCUGUUACCAAUAUGAAUGAACACAGCUCCAGGAGUCAUAGCAUCUUCCUCAUCAAUAUCAAACAAGAGCAUGUGGAGACAGAGCAGAAACUCAGUGGCAAGCUCUACCUGGUGGACUUAGCUGGGAGUGAAAAGGUGAGCAAGACAGGUGCAGAAGGGUCAGUCCUGGAUGAGGCCAAGAAUAUCAACAAAUCUCUUUCUGCCCUGGGCAAUGUAAUAUCAGCUCUGGCUGAGGGAACAAAGACACAUGUACCUUACAGAGACAGUAAGAUGACCCGAAUUCUCCAGGACUCAUUGGGUGGAAACUGCAGAACUACCAUGUUUAUCUGCUGUUCACCUUCCUCUUACAAUGAAGCCGAGACCAAAUCUACACUGAUGUUUGGACAACGUGCUAAAACCAUAAGAAACACGGCGUCUGUAAAUGUGGAGCUAACAGCAGAGCAGUACAGGAGAAAGUAUGAGAGGGAGAAGGAAAAGAACAAGUGCCUGAAGGAAAGCAUUCAGAGACUAGAAGCUGAGCUUAAUCACUGGCGUAAUGGAGAGGCAGUCCUUGCGGUGGAGCAGGACAAUGUGUGUCUUGUGGAGUCUAAGCUUAGUGAAGAUGCUGCCUUAGAGGACAGUAGAAGUGGUACAUCGGCAGUUCUGCAAACAGUAACAGACCAGGAGCUAUGCAUACUUUACAAACAGCUAGAUGACAAGGAUGAUGAGAUUAACUUGCAGAGUCAACUGGUGGAAAAACUAAAGAAGCAGAUGCUGGAUCAGGAGGAGUUUUUAGCAUCGUCACGUGCAGACAGCGAGAGGGUUCAGUGUGAGCUGAGCCAUCUUCAGGCUGAAAACAAGAGUGCUAAAGCAGAAGUCAAGGAGGUUUUGCAGGCUCUGGAGGAAUUAGCACUUAGCUAUGAUCAGAAGAGUCAUGAGGCCCAAGACAAGAGUAUGGAGAACAAAUUACUUGCCCAAGAGCUUGCCCAGAAAAUGACAGAUUUGAUGUGCUUGGAAACUGAAUUCUCACAGCUGCAAGAAGUGCACAGUCAGCAAAGGAAACGCAUCACUGAGAUACUAAAUACCUUGCUGAAGGACCUAAGUGACCUAAGCAUAAUCUUGGGCAGCAGUGAAAUUAGAUUGCCACAUGAUCUCUCUGGUGUUUUGGAGGGAGAGUAUGCUGUGGUGUGUGUUUACAUUAGUAAGGUAAAGUCAGAGCUGAAGUCUCUGGUUAACCGCUGCAGGCAACUAGAGAACUUGCAGACAGACAGCCAACGCAAAAUGGAGGAGACUGGGAGAGAACUGUCGUCUUGCCAACUGCUUAUAUCGCAGCAUGAGGCAAAGAUCCGCUCUCUGACUGAGUACAUGCAGAAUAUGGAGCUGAAGAAGAGGCAGUUGGAGGAGAACUGCGACUGUCUUGUGACUGAAAUCGCAAGAUUACAGAAUGCAGAGAGCCAUCAAGAAAACCAGCAAGAUGAUGAGGAAUCUGGAGAACCUCAGCACAGAGUAAAUCAUCUUGAAUCACAGCACAACCAACUUGGACGUCUGCGUGAUGACAUCAACAACAAGCAAAAGAUAAAUGAUGAGCUCACAGAUGAAAACCAGAGGCUGGUUGUGGAAUUACAACAAUUGCAUGCUGAGUUUGUUAGUCUGAAAAGUCGAGAGUGUGAGAAGAGUGCCCAGUUGGAAGAACUGAAAUAUCUAAAUGAACGGCAUGAGCAGGCUAAACAGGACAUGAAAAGACUGGAAGAAACUGUUGCUUGUGAACUCCAAAGUUUGCACAACUUGAGGAAGCUUUUUGUUCAAGACCUCACAACACGAGUUAAACGAAGCUCUGAAAUGGAACUUGAUGACAGUGGAGGGUUUUCCACCCAGAAGCAGAAGAUUUCCUUUCUUGAGAACAACUUGGAACAGCUUACAAAAGUACACAAACAGCUGGUGCGUGAUAAUGCAGAUCUGCGCUGUGAACUUCCUAAACUGGAGAAACGUCUUCGCUCUACGGCUGAGCGAGUUCGUGCACUGGAGGGUGCACUGAAAGAAGCCAAAGAGGGAGCCAUGAAAGACAGGCACCGCUACCAGCAAGAAGUUGAGAGCGUUAGAGAGGUCAUGAGAUCCAAGAACUUCUUCCAUCGCCCUAACGCUGCACUGAUUGCCAAACCUGUUCGGCCAGGGCACUACCCUGCAUACUCCUCUAUCAAUCACAUGUUUGUGCAUAAUAAUGAUCCAAGAAUUGCAUUCAGCAACUUAUUGUUUCAGAGAGACAUUCAUCCCCACAAUAAGUCUAAAUCAAACUGUAUGGACAAAGCUCCUGAGGACCAACACCGCAAAGCAAAUGAGUUACCAAGCUGCACGCACAAGCUCAACACUCUAAAUGGGAAUACCACAGACAUCAAUGACAACAGUGUGCCUCUCAGUGACUGUUCAGUGUGUAGCAAUGAUGGCCAGUGCAGCCCUCCUCCUGUCCAGAUCAAACAGCAACAACAGGUUAUCCAACAGGAGCAAGCAACCAGCUAAUCGCCUAGAAAACAUACUGCACAAAGUACAAAAAACAUACCAGAAGCACAGAGUACACAGAUAUAGAGCUGAAAUGAAGCUCUUAGCUGAGCUAGAUAAUAUUCCAUAUAAUAAUAAUUAUUGUAAAAUUCUUGCAUAUGUUAACAUAUGCAUAUGUUAUAUUUGAUUGCCUUGAGCGCAUCAAGAAAAUGAAUGAUUGUCUCGAUCAUAGAAAACAUGUUGCAGUCUCUUUCUAUAUGCAUGCAUGUUUCCUGCAAAAUGUUUCACCGAAAAAAAGCCACUGCAUUUCUAUAUUCUGGAUAUACAAAUAAACUCAACCAGCAGAUGGUGCUGGGUUUUUUUUUUUUUUUUCGGGAAGAUGAACGUUUGCUAAAUUCAGUACAUGCAAAUACUGUAUGCGAAUCCUAAAAUGAGAUGACGACAGUAUAAUUGUUAUAGUUAUAUAGAGAUCAAAAGUCAUGAAGGUACCAUAAACAAUGAAGAUCAGGCUGUAGUUGUUACUUACAUUUGCUCAGUUAAAAAAAAAAUACAUUACGUAUGGCCCUUAUGUGUACCUUUCUGUUUGCUUGUCACUUUGGCUCUCUCCUAAUCAGCCAGUUAGGAUGAGAGAACGAGGAAGGUCAGAAAAUCUAACUCUACACCCAGGUAAUAAAGAUGUAAAGAAGAAGAAUCACGUUUAUAAACCACCAGAGCAUAGAGAAAUUUAUAUUUUUCUCACUUUACUAAGCUCAGACAAGUCUAUUUAUUCAACUUUAACUUAACCUAAACUGAUACAUAAGCAAGAAAUUUGACUGUACUUUUUAAAACACAAAAUUUUGUUUUUUAACUGACAGAUUUCCUGAAGUGUUGAACUUCACACUGUUUUCAGGGGAAACUAAUGUAAUUCUGAAUGUGCAUGCUCUUAAAUUACAUGUAUUUUGCUAACUUAUUCUAUAUUUUUUGUGUUUUUCUUGUGAGUAAUAUAUAGUGCAUGCUGCACUACAUGCAUCUGUAGCAUAUAAGGUGGCCCUACUCAGGAAAAUGUCAAUAAACAAAUACAUCUCUACA